CCGAAAGGUGCCGGCGUGCUUUGAGCAACCCGGCACACGACUCUGCUUUUUCCCCAAGGACGCUAGCGCCAAUUGCUUGUCGCCAACCGCUUUGGCGAUUAUACUGGAAUUGUUGGCGCAAUGGACUCAUCUACUUUUAAGGUGGUCUGUGACCACUGUGAUGCUAAGCUCGCAAACGUCUUUUGCCACUCUGAUGGCGCUUUCCUAUGCCCUCAAUGUGACGCGCAAGUUCAUAACGUCAAUAAGCUCGCCCAACGGCACGUCAGGGUUCCAUGUCAAUCAUGCCCAGUUUGGGCUUAUCGCGAAGCCAAGUCGAGAGGGCGGUUACUGGACAUGCCUUUGGCGGCUUGCCUAACAAGGAACCUUCAACUGGACAUCUUCGAUGGCGCCACUCCUUGCUGGCCAGCCGCUCAUCCCAGCAUGGAAACUCCCCAAUCCGACACCUCAGCAACCCAGCAUACCACCGCCGCUCCUCCAGCCGCGGCCGCCGCUUCCCUCCACGGCUCUGCGCCAGCUCCAGCGCCCCAGCAGGCAAGCAGCUCCUGGCCUCACGCCGCCUCCACUUGCAUGCAGGCUGCAGCCGCUUCCUCACAGCCGCAGCCCAUCCAACAACAACCCAGCGGCAGCGAACUGCCCCUGUCUCCCGGAUCCGACCACACCGACGCUAACCACCCCGGCGCCCAGCAGCACCAACAGCUCGGCGUGUCUCCCUUUUCACAUUGCAGCAGCAACUUGUACGGCACCGCGGCCGCCCCUCCAGCCUCUGCUGUCUGCUCUCAGCAGCCCCAGCAACCCGCAGGUGAGAGCUGGGUGCUGCCAGCCAGCGGUCAGACGCACUCCUUCCCGACCUCCGCGUCUUGCACGCAGUUGCACCAACAAGCCCUGCAGCCCAACCCGCAGCAGCAGCAGCAGGCGGUGCUGCCGUCGCAUCCCUCGCAGCAGUCUCUGCAGCGGGCUACCAGCCAGGAACUGAUGGAUGCGGUAGACAGCAUGGAUGUGGCCAUGCUGCUGGACACCUUUGGUACGGCACUGGCAGGGGGAGGAGGAGGCGCGCAGCAGCAGCAGCAGAGGGACAAGGCAGACGAGACGGACAUGGGGACAGGGCCACAGCAGCAGCAAGUGGCGUCUGCUCAGCCGCAGCCGCAGCAGCCAGAGCAACAGGCCGUGCAACAGCAGCAACAGCAGGCGCAGGUGCAGCAGCAGGCUUGGCCCUCCAUCUCGGCACAGCUGCAAGCACAGGAGCAACAGCAACUCCUGCUGCAACAACAGCAACAGCAGCAGCAGGCGCAGCUGUUGCAUUCCACGCAGCAACACGAGCAGCAGCAACAGCAACAGCUGCUCUCAGGCAGCGGCUCAGCGGCAACCGCGACUGACAGCCCCAUGCCCGCAGCGGGCCCCUUCGGCCUGCCCUGUUCCGAGCCCAUGGCUGUUCCCUCGCAGCGCCACCACCAGGCGGGCCUGCCCAUGCGCUCCCUCAGCGGGCACUCCUGCCUGUCUCAGAGCGGCCAGCUUUCAAGCAGCCACCCGGAUGCACCCCAGCUGGGCUCCGCUCGAAGCACCAAUACCCUGCUCAUGCAGUCGCUUGAUCAGCAGCAGCAGCAACCCCAGGUACCACAGCAGCAACCGUUUUCACAGCAGCCACCACAGCAGCAACCGUUUAUGCAGCAGCAACAGCAGAUGAUGCCCAACUUUGGCGGUUACUCGCUUCCCAUAACACUGACGGGCCUGCCAGCUGGUGCGCUUGCUGCUGCGGCUGCUGUCACCGCAGCCGGUGCGACGACGUGUGGCAUGGCUGUUGGCGUGCCUGCGAGUUACGGCUUCGGACUGCCGGCCGCGGUCGCCGGCAGCGGGCCCGACCUGCAGUCAGCUCACUGGCAACAACUCCAGCAGCAGCAACUUCAGCUGCAGCUGCAACAGCAGCAAGCGGUUGCGCUACAGGCCCUGCAACAGCAGCAGCAACAACAACACGCAGCUGCCCUCGCAUUCCAGCAACAGCAGCAACAACAACAGCAUCAGUUCCUGCAGCGCUCUCUCACGGAUGACCUGGCGCUGGCUCGUUCCGCUCCCAUCGGCAUCAUCAGCGCUGCUAGUGGCGGCGGUAACAGCGGUAGCGGUGGCGCAGCGGCCACCUCCGCUGCAGCCCUUGCUGUGGCCGCAGCCGCUCGCCGCGAUGCCGCCUUCCUGGCCGGCCUAGGCAUCUCCGACCCCGGCAUCGGCAUCCGCGGCCUGUCUUUAGCUUCAUCUCUGGCACCCGCCUCCGCAACCGCCUCCAACAGCUGUCUCCUGCUGGACAACCUGUCAGGACUCUCCACGAACCCCGCCGCCGCCCCGCCGAGUAGCAUCGCCGCCGCCGUUCCCGGCCCCGCCGGCAGCAACGCCUUCCCCACGACGCUUCCGCCAGUACCCACGGGCGCGGCGGCGGGAGCAGCCGGCGCCAUGGCUGCUCCAGCAGGACCUCCUGCUACUGCCGCUGCUGCGGCCGCAGCACUCCCUAGCAGUGGUUUGGAUGCCGCGCCAGGCAGCGGCGGAUCGGUUUCCCUGGGCUCCCCUUCUCACUGCAACUCCGCUUCCACCACCACCACCACCUCCGCCACCACCGCUAACACCGCCCUCGCCGGCGCCUCCUCCUCCCAGCCACUGUCGCUUGCGGCCGCGGCGGCGGCGGCAGGUGUGUACGGCUGCGGCCAACCCGGCAACGCCGCCGGCGCCGCCGCCGGAAUGGUGCUUCCGGGCAGCGCCCCGCCAGCGUUGGGCCUCGCCGCCAGCCUCAGCCUGAGCCUCAGUCGCGGCGGCGGCAGCCGGGGCGGCUCCUGUGACCUGAGCGAGUCGCGGUUGCUCAUGCGGGUCAGCAGCGACGGAGGCGGCGGCGACCCCCUGGCGGCUGCGGAGGCGGGUGGCCCGGGUGGAGGCGAUGCGGAGCGGGCGAUGCUUGAGGAGCUGCUGCUGAUGCGGGAGAUGGGGGAGCCGGAGCGGUUGGCGCAGUUGAACAGGUACAGGCAGAAGCGCAUGAUGCGCCUGCGCGCCCUGGCGGAGAGCGCCAAGAAGGUGCGCUACGAGUGCCGCAAGCAGCUGGCGGAGUCGCGACCCAGGGUGCGUGGGCGCUUCGCCAAGGCCUGCAGCAGCGACGCGCUCAUGGACAUUUGCGGCCCCGGCGCCACCCAGCACAUGCAGCACCAAUACAUGCAGUACCAGUACCAACAGCAGCAACACCAGCAGCAGCACCAGCAGCAACACCAGCAGCAGCACCAGCAGCAACACCAGCAGCAGCAGCAGCAGUACCCGGGGCAAGGAGCAGCGGGAGCGGUGGUUGGGUCGCUGCCUCGCCCCAUCGCUCCGCACAUGCAGCGGAUUGAUGAGGAGGCGACUGCGGU